AUUAUCUAAAGAUUAUUACAUGUAGGCAUGCUGAAAUUUGUUUUUUAAAUUGAUAAUUAGGCUCCUGCUGGCAGAGGUCUGUAUGAUUCUUAUUUUUCAGUCCACAAACAUCUACUCUUAACCAUUUUCCCCGCCAGCGAAACUUCAUUAGCCCUAUAAUGAACAUUUUUUUUUCCUUCAAAUUAUCCCAUUACGUGUGACAUAAACAACCCGCCGUGCCGGCUCUUAUUGGCUGGCCACAGGGUCACGUGGCCCGCGCGGCCGUCCGUCUAUUUGACAGCCGCAGGAUGGCUUGAUGCCAGAGGGGGAAAAAGAGACAGAGAGAGGGGAGAGAAAGAAAAAUUAGUAUUCUCCUACCAGCCUCGCUAUAAAUCAAUCAUGGAGUCCUACGUGGUGAGCUGUAAAUAUGCUGAGCCGCAGUUCCCGCCUUGUGAAGAAGAUUACAGUAAUUUUAGUGACCAAGGGGGGUAUUACAACAACCCCCAGGACAGUGGUAGUUAUGGAGGAGGCUAUCAGCCCAUGCAGCCCCCUCCGCCUCCAUACACACCACAACAAACCGGCUAUCCUCACUCGUUGCAGGGGCACCACCGGGAGGAUGGAGAGGAGCACCCGCAGCACCAAGGUGCGCCCUUCCCCGGCUACAGGGAGACAGACGCAGCCGGUAAGGAGAGGUUCCCUGUGGGUGACCUGCAGUGCCAGGCCUGGAUGACCUGUGCAAAACCCGCUCAGGUGCAGAGGAAAACGGCCUGCCAGGGAAAAGACAAGCCGCCUAUUGUUGUCUACCCGUGGAUGAAGAAGGUGCACGUCGCUCACGUUAAUCCUAACCACGUUGGCCCGGAGCCAAAGCGGCUAAGGACGGCCUACACGCGCCAGCAGGUUCUGGAGCUCGAGAAGGAGUUCCACUUCAGCCGCUACCUCACGCGCCGCCGCCGCGUGGAGGUGGCCCACGCGCUGUGCCUCACCGAGCGCCAGGUGAAGGUGUGGUUCCAGAACCGGCGCAUGCGCUGGAAGAAAGACAACAAGCUGCCCAACACCAAAGGAAGGAGCAAAAACAAGAAAGCGACGGACAACAAUAACAACAACAGCAGCAGCAGCAGCAGCGGCGGCGGCAGCGGCGGAGGCGGAGGCAGCGUCAUGAAGGCGGUGAUAACUGUGUGAAAACGGUGCGAGCAGAGCCUGGCCGUCAGAGGCAGCCACGUUAGCACCUUCACUCUCCAAAACUGAUGUUGCUAAGCGGAUCCAGGGUGACUGUGGUCCUGAAACGAUUCGAAACCGCUUUAAAAAGGCUCAAAAAUUCAUCUAUAGGCCACCUAAAAGCUUUACAAAUUCGUUGCUGCAUUUUGCUUACAUUUCAACCGUUACUUUUUAAAGUGUCUUUAUGUUGUGUAUGCCUCCAAUUUUAGUGAUAUUACUGAAUUCGUGUCUUUGAGUCGUUUGGGUAAACUGUACGGUUGUAGAUGGUCUGAGAAAUUUACGGUGAAAUUGGGGAAUCAUUUCGAAUUGAGAUAUCCGAUAUUAAAGACGCAAAAGCCUAUUGGCUGCAGUCUUACAAAACUCUCCGUACACGGUGACCGAGGAGAGAUUGUGUGGAGAAAACAGGGUUUUAUUUCUACAGGGUAAACAUAAUACAGGGUUUUAUGAUAGCUACCUAAAAGAUGAAAUAUCCUAACUUAUGAAUAUGCACAUUACCAAAAUGUUGUUUCCACAAACCUGCGCUUAAAACGCGCUAAAACAAGUCCAGAAGCGCCCAAUUUCUCGGCGGCGUCCUUGCAGAAUGGUUGGAUAAAUAAUGUUUCAGCUUUUAUUUUGUACAUAGUCGAGCACCCAAAUUCAAUGCAUACUUGGUAGGAUAAGUAGCCAUAUCGUGCAGAUUUUUUUUAAUCUCCAAAGGUUGAGUAAACUCUUCAGUAGAGGGGAGGGGGGGAGUGACACAUUUGUACGCACAGGGGAGCACUAAACAAAGAGUUAAAAACAACCAAAUUGGAGGUAGGAGGUUUCUGAUGCACGACGCGGACUGUAAAUCCAACUUGUUUUCUCAGGGUUACAGGGUUUUAACGAGCAGAACUUUCUGAAACGUUGUGUUGUUUGAUUCAGCACCGAGAGGUUUAAAGUAAUACUCUCUGAAACAGCUUUGCAUUUUCAAAGAAUGUGUUCUCUCUCUCUUUGAUUCCAGUUUAAUAUGCUAUUGAUUUCUAUUAUAGUCUACGCCAGUACUUAUUUUUAUUUGAUUAUUUAGAAGCAUAUUUUAUUCUUCUGUAGCAAGCAACACUUCUGUUCAUUUUAGUAUGUGUUGAUCUUUGGGGAAAAAAAGAAAAAAAACUUUUCCUGUAAGUAUUUUAUAUGUGGAAAUGUUUUGAUAAAAUAGAUGAUAAAAAUUAAAAAUGUUUCAAACUGCAAAA